CACCUCCAAAGUUCUGUGACCCACGUCACCAAAUUCCAAGUGUCACCAAUGUUGCACAAAUCCAUCUACCUCUCGCCCCCUCCGGAGAUCAAAUGGUCCACGAAACUGAGUUCUAUGACAUCCUAGAAGUCCAGCCUGAUUGCACAGAUGAGGACCUCAAGAAAGCGUACCGAAGAUUAGCUCUCCAAUACCACCCUGACAAGAACCCUCAGGAGGGUGAUAGGUUCACUCGGAUAUCCCAAGCCUACGAGGUCCUAUCUGACCCUCAGAAGAGGGCGGUAUAUGAUGAAGGAGGAGAGCAAGCCAUUAAGACCGGAGGUGGAGUACCUUACUCCAAUCCUAUGAACCUUUUCGAUAUGUUCUUCAAUGCUGGUACAUCUGGGAAGAGGAGGAGCGAGAGGAGUCGUAGGGACAUCAUCCAUGAGCUUGCUGUGAGUCUGGAGGAACUGUAUAAUGGGGCUAACAAGAAGAUCACCAUUAAGAGAAACGUGCUUUGUGAUAAGUGUAAGGGUAAAGGAAGUAUGAGUGGAAAGACUGUUAAGUGUAAGAUCUGCGAUGGUCAUGGGAUCAUCAUAAGGACCACGGAGGUAGCUCCUGGUAUGAUCAGACAGACCCAGAGGCUCUGCAGGGAAUGUAAUGGUACUGGAGAGCAAAUAGACGCCAAAGACUUGUGCAAGAAAUGCAACGGACGUAGAGUCAACGAAGUAUCCAAAAAUGUAACUGUUAAAGUUGAGAAAGGCAUGUUGGACUCACAAAAGAUCAUAAUCAAAGGUCAGGGUAAUGAAGAACCUGAAAAAGAACCUGGAGACAUCAUAAUAAUCCUUGAGGAGAAGGAACAUCCAGUUUUUUCAAGAUCCGAAGAAGACCUUCUGAUGAGGAUGGAUAUCCAGCUGAUUGAAGCUCUUUGUGGUUUCCAAAAAACUUUUAAGUCUUUAGAUAACAGAGAUUUGCACAUAGCUGUGCCGAAAGGUACAGUUAUGAAGCAUGGAGAUAUAAAGCUAAUUAUAGAUGAAGGUAUGCCCUAUUUCCAGAAUCCCAACGAUAAGGGUAGGCUUAUUAUACAGUUCUUCGUGGAGUUUCCUGAUACUUUGGAGGAAACUAUUAUUACAGAUCUGGAAAGAAUUCUAGGACCGAGACCUCAGAUCAAGGUUCCUAGUAAGGCUAAGAGUUGUACGCUGGAAACCUUCGACCCUGAGGUUGAGGCUAAGAGGCAUCGUAGUCAAAGGAUGAUGGAAUCUGAUGAGUCUAUACAAGAAUUACAGUGUGCUACUAGUUGAUUGUCCUUCACUAAAGAUUUCCAAUAUCAAAA